AUGGCCCCCGGCAUCGCGGCGCACGUGAGCAGAACGUUUUACAACCCGCCGUUCGUCACACAUGAUUCCUGCAAGGGCCGGGUGAAGGCCAGAGUGUUCAGUGAUGUGAUGGUGGCCCGUUUCCAUUGCGCCGCUGGCACUUCCUUUUUCCUCUCCGUUGCAGAUUCAUCGGUAUGGCGCCGCAAAGGCUGUACGUCGUUUGUGAAUCCCCAGUAUAUCAAUGAGAUCUGCUCGGUACUGAGAGAAAUUGAAGACGCGGGGAUCGCUCAAGAAAAUGUUUUGGUGCUGUCGUUCUAUUCAGAAGAGCGCGGGGCCCUUGAGGCCUGUAUCCACAAUGGCAUGGGUCUGAAAGGCAUUAGCAUCAAGAGUGUCGAUGCGGCCCAGGGCAGUGAGAGUCCAUUCGUCCUGCUGUCAACCACACGACCAGGCCACAAUGGGCUUGGGUUUGUUGCCAAUAUAAAUCGACAGUGCGUUGCUCCAAGUCGCGGCCAAGAUGGUCUGCUUAUUGUUGGACAUGCUUAUAUGGGGGCGGCAAAGCAAGGUGCCGGGUACAAGAGUUGGGCCAGCCUUGUCUCAGCUCAUGCUGCCAGUGGCAGACUUAUUAAUAGGAACGGUGCUGGGCGUUGGAAGGUAUUGACAAACAUAAGCAGCACGGAGGAUGCCUUCGAGAAAUACUAUUCAACUUAUCACAUGACACCGAACCCACCCUAA